AGAUAAGAUUCCUUUGUUGUUUAUGUAAAUGGACACAAAUGAUAAAACAUGAGUGCUGUUCUGAAUUAUUCACUUCAUGGUUUGUUAUUUUCAGUGUGUAUUGGACAGUUUGGAAAAUCUGUUAACUCGUACAAAAAUAUAUAAAUCAUAGUGAAACAUGCUCUCUCAAUCUAGUCAUACAGUAUGAGACAACAUAACUGUCUAAUGGGCACAUUGGAGACAGUAAGCUUAUAUUUUUUUAAUCGUUUUAUUUUAAAGGCAGUUGGAAAGGUCAAAACUGCACUCGCUGGCCACUUUAUCAGGUACUUUACUAGUAAGUGGUUGGACUCAUUUUGCAUUCAGAACUGCCUCAACUUGUUACUGUAUAGAGUCAAAAAGGUGUCAAAUAUUUGUCAGAGAUUUUGGGUCAAAGUGACUUGGUAACAUCAAGUCGUUGCUGUAUAUUUGUCUGCUGCAUAUCCAUAAUGUAAAUCUGAUUCCAACACUGCCAAUAAUAAUCUAUUGUACAAAAUCUUCAUCAUCAGCUUUAUUAAAGACACAAAUGGCUCCAUAGAAAGAUACAAAGUACUGGAGUACAGUGAAGUUACUACCAUGUUCAAGAAGCCAGUUUGAAAUGAUUAGAGUUUUUUUGACAUUAUGACAGAUGGAUGUAACUUUAUUAGGUGAGUACACUGGGAUCAUAAAUGGAUAGACAUGGUGAGCAAUAAUACUGAGGAAGGUUUCUAUGGGGCCCCUUUAUGCCUCAGUUUCCUGUUCUCAGCAGACAUGGGUGACAUCUGGCUUGGUCUUCUAUUGUUUCCAGAUUUGACACGUUAUGCAUUAGAAGAUAAUAUUCUGUGUGCCUUGACUGUAGCGAGUUGUUCUAUUAUUUACUGUUGCCUUUCUAUCAUCUCAAACCAGUCUGAUCCCUUUUCUCCUUUUUCUGAUGCUCAGUUUGAACGUCAGCAGGUUCUCACCACCACAGUUGCUGGCAUGUUGUUGACCUAUUCUUGUAUGUUAGCAAGUAAUUCCACACGUGUACCUAAUAAAGUGUCCGUGGUGAGGAUCCGGAGCUCCAUCAGAAAUGUCUGUGAGGGAGUCUUUUAACCCCGAAAGCUAUGAGCUGGACAAGAACUUCAGGCUCACGCGCUUCGCUGAGCUGAAGGGGACAGGGUGUAAGGUCCCUCAGGAGGUUUUACAGAAGUUGCUCGAGGCCUUACAGGAGAACCACUAUCAAGAGGAUGAACAGUUCUUGGGGGCAGUUAUGCCUCGAUUAGGAAUAGGCAUGGACACAUGUGUGAUCCCUCUCAGACAUGGUGGACUUUCUCUUGUUCAGACAACAGAUUACAUCUAUCCAAUUGUCGACGACCCCUACAUGAUGGGAAGAAUUGCUUGUGCCAAUGUUCUAAGUGACCUGUAUGCCAUGGGAGUGACAGAGUGUGACAACAUGUUGAUGCUUCUGGGAGUCAGCAAUAAGAUGUCAGAAAAAGAAAGAGACAAAGUCAUGCCACUGAUCAUUCAGGGAUUCAAGGAUGCUUCAGAGGAGGCCGGCACGUCUGUCACAGGGGGACAAACGGUGGUUAACCCCUGGGUGGUAAUGGGAGGAGUUGCUACAACAGUGUGUCAACCCAACGAAUUCAUCAUGCCUGAUAACGCAGUGCCUGGGGACGUGUUGGUGUUGACCAAACCGUUAGGGACCCAAGUGGCUGUCGCAGUGCACCAGUGGCUAGACAUUCCUGAGAAGUGGAACAAAAUCAAGCUGGUAGUAACCCAGGAAGACGUAGAGUUGGCCUACCACGAAGCAAUGUUGAACAUGGCCCGGCUCAACCGUACAGCUGCUGGCCUCAUGCACACCUUUAACGCACACGCAGCCACCGACAUCACAGGGUUCGGCAUCCUCGGCCACGCUCAGACGCUGGCACGACAGCAGCGGAGCGAGGUUUCCUUCGUCAUCCACAACCUCCCAGUGCUCGCCAAGAUGGCCGCCGUGUCCAAAGCCUGCGGGAACAUGUUUGGACUCAUGCAUGGCACCUGCCCUGAAACAUCAGGAGGCCUGCUCAUCUGUUUGCCCCGGGAGCAGGCUGCCCGCUUCUGCGCCGAGAUCAAAUCUCCAAAGUAUGGAGAGGGCCACCAAGCUUGGAUCAUCGGGAUUGUAGAGAAAGGAAACCGCACCGCUCGCAUUAUCGACAAGCCACGAAUCAUUGAGGUGGCACCGCAAGCAGCCACGCAGAAUGUCAACCCAACACCCGGCGCAACCUCUUAAUCCUCGACUUGCUGCCUCACAGACCUGAAACCCCAAAACCUCUGUCGAGAGUUUUUUUAGACCUAUAAACUACAAAACCAUCGUAGGGUGUUGACAAAUUUACACAAGAUAGUAAAAUAAAAACACAACAAAGACUGGGUUGGCGUGCAUCAACGUGGAAACAGCCCCACACAGUGGCCUCUCAAGGGUAUGGCACCACCCAGUGGACUCAAGCUGCAGCUGCCCCUUGAAAAGAAAUUGGCAAGAACUAGGACAUACUCAUAAUCCAUUUGCUCUGUUUGGCUGUAUUGUUUAAUGUGCUUGAUUGGCUGGCAGCUUCUGAGAGUGGUAAUGAAGACAAUAAUCUGUUGAUUCAUUUUGAAUCUUUGAAAGUCUGGAGUCCGUUGCCUCUUUUGUCUCUUAAAACUGCUCUCUUCAAACAGGCACACUGUGUUUUGGUGUUUUUGUUUGUCUUUUGCUUUGUACAGUUUAAAGGCCUAGUUUUAGUUCAUUGCUGUUCCUGAUGCCUCAAAACACACAACCUGAAUUUCCUUUUUUUAUCAUUAUUACUUUUGUAUCGUCCCCACAUAUGCUAAUAAAUACUCAUAUAGAAGAUA